GCCGACGCCGUGGCCAAGCGCAUCGUGCGACGCCGAAUCCGCGCCGCGGUGACGCGCGCUGACGCGGCACUGACUCAUACAUACGCAUCCGGGCUGCCCCGCGCGGCGGCACCAUAGUUGCGGCGCCGAAGCCGCGCCUCAGGCCGCACCUGCGCUCAUACGCCGCGCAGGGCUGCCGCGAUAAUAGAUCAUGGACCGCGUGCGCGUGCUGUGCCGCGUAAGACCCACGACGGCCGAGGAGCAGACGCGGGGCGAGCGCGUCGUCGCGAUCCAGGGCGCGCAGCGCCUAAGGCUGCAGAAUGCGGCGGAGUAUGUCGGCGAGCACGAGGCGUCCUGGGCCUUCGACGCGGCCUACGACACCGACGCGUCCCAGGCCCAGGUCUACGAGUCCAUACAACCGAUCACGCAGGACGUGCUGCGCGGCUUCCACGCGACCGUGUUUGCCUACGGCCAGACGGGCGCGGGAAAGACGCACUCCAUGUUCGGGCCGCCGGACUGUUCCUUGGAUGGGCCGGACGCGGGUGUGGUGCCGCGCCUGUUGAAGGAUCUCUUCGCGGGAUUGACGGCCGGCGACGAGGUGCGCGUGUCGUGUCUGGAACUGUAUGAUGACUUGCGAGAUUUAUUGAACGAGGAGCACCGGCCGCUGAAGCUGCGAGAGAACCGCAAGGACGGGUCGGUCGUCGUUGACGGCGCCGUCGACGCCGUCGUCAAGGACGUGCCCGCCACGUUGGCGUUGCUGGAGCGCGCUCUCGUGAGGAGAGUGGUAGCGUCGCACGAGAUGAACGCCGAUAGCUCGCGGUCGCACUUCGUCGCUUCCUUUAGAGUUACAAGGCCAUCAAUAAACGCGAGCGCGAUCAUGCGCCUCGUCGAUUUGGCCGGCUCCGAGCGCGUCGCCAAGACCAAGGCGACGGGCGGCACGCUGAAUGAAGCCAAACGGAUCAACUCGUCUUUGUCUGCUCUUGGCAACGUGAUCGCGGCAUUGACGUCCUCAACGGCGACGCACGUGCCGUACCGCGAUUCCAAACUGACAAGAUUAUUGCAGUCCUCAUUGGGCGGCAACGCCAAGACCGCUUUACUCGUGUGUGUCUCGGCGUCGUCGUUACACGCCGAAGAGACCGUCUCUACCCUACGUUUUGGCGUGCGCGCGAAACGGGUCCGGAACGCAGCCAAGGUGAACGUGGAUGUCGAUGAUGAUUUAUUAGCUGCUCGUUUGGAGCUGGCGGCAUUACGAGCGGAACGGGACGACGCCGUGCGGGAACGCGACGCGGCGCAGCUGCAAGCCGCGGACAAGGAGGCUCUACUGCUGACGGAGCGGAGCGAAACGACGCAAUUACGAGACAAGAUCGGCGCCCUGGAGCGGGCCGAAGCGGCGCGCAAAGCCGCGGAAGCUUUGAGGGCCAUGGAGGACUCCGUGAGAGCCGCGGCCGCGCCGCCGCCGCCGGACCUCGACGCUAUUUAUGACGCGCACGCCGCGGACCUGGCGUCCUCCCUGGCGUCGUUAAGGCUUAGUCUACAAGCUGAGUCUAGAAAAGAGGCCGAGCGCGCGGCGCUGAGUGCGCGGAACGAGCUCACGUCGGUGAAAGACCAGCACGCCGUCGCCCAGAAGCGGCACGACGCGUCCGUAGCAUCCCUGAAAGCUGAUAUUGCGCGGCAUGCGUCGGACCUCGACGCGUUGACUUCGGAUCGGGACCGCCUCACGGACCAACUGAGUCAGCGCGACGCGAAGAUCGCGUCGCUCCGGUCCGCGCGGGCUCGAGAGGUCGAGGCCACGAAGGGCGAGGCCGCGGCCGAGCGCGCGGCGCUCGCGCAGGAGCACGAGGCCGCGGUAGCGGAGCUCCGGCGGACCCAGGCGCAAGCGCUCGAGGCCGCGCGCAAGGACACAGCCCAGGAGCUCGAGGCCGCGCGCACGGAGGCGGCCGGCGCGCUCGUGGCGCUCAACACGGAAGCCGAGGCCCAGCGCGCGGCAGCUUCGAAGCUGGAGGCGGAGCUGCGGGAUCUACGCGAGGCGCACGCGAGCGAAGCCUCCGACGCGGCCGCGGCCUGGGAGAAGGACCUCGCGGCGCUGCGCGAGAAGCACGCGCGGGAGCUUGAAAGCUUGCGCUCGUCGGCGGCCGACGCUGAUGCACAGCGCGACGCCCACAAAUCCGAGCUCGCGGCCGCGGCGACGGCCCAUGACACGGAACUCGGGGCGCUGCGCGAGGCGCACGAAGCAGAACUCGCCAAGGCCGGCCAGGCCGCGGCGGAGGACGUCGCCGCCGCGACCGAGGCGGGCCGGACCGCGGCGGCGCAGGAACACGCUCAGGAGCUCGCGGCAGCCACUAAAGCUGCGGCAGCUACGGCGCGCCAGGACGCGAAGGCGGCCGAGGAGGCUUUGAUGGAAGGGCACGCGCGCGAGCUGGAAGCUCUAAAAAAGGAGCACGCCAAGGCGACGGAAGCGAAGCAACGGGAACACGACGCCGCGAUGGACGACAAGCAGAAGCGCUACGACGAAGCGACGGACGAGAUGAGGAAGGAGCACGCCGCCGAGGUCGACGCACUGGGGAAUAACGAGGACGCCAUUGAGAAGGCCGUCGCGGAGGCGCUGGAGGCCAAGGCCCGGGAGCGCGCGACGAAGGAGAAGGAGCUGGACCAGUCCCUGCAGUGGGCGCGCGAGACGCACGCGCGAGAACUAGCAAAUGCGAGGAAGGAGAUGGCCGAAGCUGUGGCCGCCAAGGACGCCGAGGUCCGGGCGGCGCAGGACGCCCACACCCGGUUGCUCGAUGCGGAGGCGAAGCGUAGAGCUGAUGUACAAAAAGCCGUCGAGGAGAAGGAGAUGAAAUUGGCUCGCGACCACGCCAAAAAAUUGUCAAGGCUGGCCGACGACCACGCCAAGGCUCUUGAGAGAAGGGACCAGGAGCACCGCGCCGAGCGGAAGCAGGACCUGGUGAAGGCCGACGAGUCGGCUUCGAAAUAUGCCGAGGCCUUGCAAGCGAAGGAGCGCGAGCACGCGUCCCUGAUAGAAUCGCUGGAAGAGAAACAGCUUCGGGCUCUGGAAGAGAAGGACGAGAGAUGUAAGGAGGAGACGGACGCGGCCAUGGAGGCCGUCGAGGCCGCACAGCUGCGGGCGAACGAGGCCGAGGCGGCGGCGCGGGCGCACGAGGUCGCGGCGGCCGGGUUGGCUAGACAGUUGGCCGCCGCAGAAGGUAGAGCUGAUGACUUGAACAAGGGCCUAGAUGCACUGUCGACGGAACACGACACGGUGACCAAGGCAGUCGUUGGGAGUCGGUUAGAAGGGGCGGAGGCGGCCUACGAAAAAUUGCGGCUGCAGGUCGAACUGAAGCGCCUGAAGAAGGAGCUCGUGACGGUGAAGAACGAUGCCGAAACUGCGCGGCACGAGCUGCGCGAGGAGCGCGCGCGGCCCGGUUUACUGGCGAGGCUGAAGAACGUCGUCUCGCGGGAGCGGCCCGCGGACAUCGCGCUGUAUCCGACGAAUACGGCGUAAGUUUGUGCUUGUGUUUA